AUGAAGGAAGAAGACGAGUCCAGGGAGAAGAUUCAGCUCGCUAAUGAGCUCAAACCUCCCAACGAAUCUAAAAAUCUUCAUCCAGAGAGGAGAAAAGAAGAAGCUUAUCGACCUUCUCGGCCGUCCCUGAAACCAGCCUUAUCGAUUGCUUCGGGUGCAACAAGGUAUUCCAGCAUUUACUUCAACGAGGGGUUAUUCAAAACCUUCCACAAGAAUUAUCCCGACAUCAUGAAUGCCCCGGAAGGAUCGGGCCUUCCGUUACUCAGGUUCCACUUGAGUGAGGAGAGCAAGCAAUGGACUCAACUUCUUACCAACUUCCAGCUCCCACUGAUUGAACGACAGAUCAUGGAGUUCUAUGUGCGCAGUUUUCAGCAUGCGAGAGGGUCGACGGCGAGUUUAAUCCGAGCAUUAAUCACGCCCGCCCUAGUUCCACGCAUUCUGUACACACCCACGACCAGACCGGAAGUGAAGAAUCUUGUUCAGAGUUCAAAUCCCAUCAUCACCGGCUUUGAUAAGAGAGCCUUCCCCGAGGAACACUUGCGACCUCUGAGUGAGCACUUCCGCCAAUCCGGUCGGCUCGCAGCAUUGAGACCCUCUGCCGUCGUCUACUUCCCAUUUUUUCUAUGCGAAGUAGCAUCAAGCCACGAAAGCCUCCAUCUUGCUGAGCUCAAGAAUACCCGCAGCGCAGAUACAAUCAUACAGGCGCUCACGACAUUAUUCGACACUGCUGGUCAACUAGAAUUGUUAAACCGCAAUAUAGUGGUUUUUUCGCUCGCCCACAAUGACACCAUUGCCAGAGUAAUUGGGCAUUACCCAGUUAUCGAGGGCGGUGUCAUCCAUCACCGGGCAUAUCAUCUGAUAACUGAUGAUAUAUCGGUCGAGGCAGGCAAAUGCUACCGAAUCAUUCGUCACUUUGUGGAGCGAUUAUACCAAGAGUGGUCGCCGAGACUUAUGCUGUUGAUCCAGGGGGCCCUUGCGGCGGUUGCGAACUCCUGGCAUAACGGAGCUGAGCAGUCACGUCCGGAUAAUCAGAUCAAGGCGGAACCGAGCGAGGAGUGA